CUUUUGUGUAUUUACCUACUGUUAAUUGUCAAUGUCACGAAAACACGAAGAAUAAUUAAAAUAUUUGCUUCAGCUUAGUUAUACUCACCAAAAAUUAUUAGAAAUAGUGGACUUAUUUUUAAAAUAAUACUCUGUGAUAUGUACCAGGCAUUUAAGCAUUGUUAAGUAGAAGAAUAAACACUUGUCUGUAAGUUGGGAAGGCUGUUUGACAAAUUAGCAAGAUGAUGAUAGGCGAUGGAGAGUAUCCAGGGCCUAUGCCUGAAGAGGACGUUCGGCCGCCGCCACCAGAAUAUCAGAGGCCUCUAUCUGAAGGUCAAAAUUACAAUCUUUUUCAGGAUCAUUCUGGACCCGGUGCUAUAUCAGCUAUAAACAGAAUAACAACCAAGCGUGCUAAGAGACUGUACUUAUAUGAUGUUGGAUUUAAACUGAAACACAAUGAGAUCUAUGAUGUUGGAGGGACUUACACAGAUGUGGAUACAAAGCCACACUUGGUUCCAGAUCUAUGGUUCUUCUUUUCUACAACUACUUGUCCAGGGCAUAACUACCUACUCAACUUGUUUGUUUGUCACAGGAGAGCUGGUAAUUUCUCUAUUGGUAUUGCCAACAGUGGUGAAAUGGUUCAUAAGAAAAAGUCAAAUGACCGACCCGGACACUCAUGGAUGCCUGACACUUUAACUUGGCAUUCAUAUAGAACCUCGAAACCUGACGAGAACUACCACAUUAAAACAUAUUGCUUCUCAGAAGCUGACCUGAAAAACUUGGAGAAUAACACCCUUGUUAUACCAAUACGGAUAGACAUGGACACAAUGAAUACUCUGAACAAUGAUGUUAUAAAGCAAAUAAAACUCAACCAUGACUUCAGUGAUAUUCUUGCGAAAGCAGAAAAAGCAGAUUUUACACUGAUAUCUGCAAGCAAGAGGCAGUUUCCAGUCCACAGAAUAUUUCUAGCGGCUCACAGUUCAGUGUUGAGAGACAUAAUAAAGAAUCAAACUGAAGAUAAGCAGGCAUUUUUAGAUAUUUCCGAUAAUGACAUGGAAUUGCUUCUGGAAUUCAUUUACACUGGAACCAUCAAAGACAUUCUUAAAAAGGACUGCCUUACACUGUUGCAAAUUGCAGACAGAUUUCAGUUGCACAAUCUAUUUUUCCUGACACAAUUUGCUCUAGUCAAUCAGAUCAAUGUAAACAAUGCUGUACAUAUAGCUUGCAUGGCAGAGAAGUAUAAGCUGGAUAAACUACAGUCUAUGGUAUUUAACUUUAUCAAGAAUAAUCCCAAGGUAUUGGAGACUGAUGGCUGGAGGGAUCUGGAUGAUGUGAACUUGGCAAAGAAGCUCUUUCAGUUCAUGCACACUAAGAAAGACUGACUAGAGUCUGUGAGCAGUGUAAAGUGGCUCUUAAGAGUAUUGAGCUUCAACACAUCUCACUAAAACAAUUUGAAUAUUAUAGUUAACCGUUGUGCAAAGGCGAAUUAAAAUAAUUAUGUCAAAUAAUAGUGCUAAUUCCUGUAGACACCAUCUAAUUAUAUUUUAUUAUACCUGUCAUCAUCCCUUUUCGCCGAUAAUAAAAUGACAGGUAUAGCUUAAAAUCAAAAAAUAAAAAGGUGUGUACUUUUAUCAGCACUAUUGAGUCUAUAAACACCAGUUAGAUUGUAUUUUUUUAGAUAUCAUGUGAGAUGAAGUCUUAAAAUAUUAUAAAAUAUGUAUUGCAAUAUUACAUGAGGAUGAUUGUAUAGCAGUAUGUGUAGUGUAGUAGGGGUGCUUCUUUGUUCACAUAAUGUUUUUUAAAGUAUUAUUGGAGUUUAUAACAUGUGGCCCAUACAUUUUUCUUCAUAAUAAUCACUAUUCAUAAACGUCAUUUCUAGUCUUUAUUCAUAUGACGGACUUUCCAGGCUAUAUUCCCCGAAAAUUGUUGUUUUUUUAACCUUCUCAUUCCAUGAAUAACAUACAUAAUAUGUAUCUUUUAUCUUUGUUUUUGGGUAUACAUAAUGACCUUUUUACAUCCAGGCAUAACACAUCUUCCACGCAUUAUGAUUCUGAUCAAAAUAAAGAGAAGCAAUAUAGGUAACAACAGCAUUCUACAUGUAGAAUAUCCAACAAUUAUUUUAUUUUUAUAUAUUCCUCUGUCAUUACGUAAACUUUUGAAUAAUUAUGUACUCGAGCAAUCAGAAAAUAGGUUAUUAAUAAUUAUCACAUUAAACCUCCAACUAUAUUUUUUCGAUUUGAAAGUCGCUCAUUAUUGCUUGUCUCUCCUCAUAUACAUAUUUCUUUCUACCACAUAUAUGUGAAAGAAGCAAAGCAUCAACUUAUAUGCUCCAUGCUUCAAUAAUAUUUAAAUAUAACUUAAGAAUAUUCUCAGUAGCGUAUUUACGACGACUACUUUUAUUACUUAACAGCAUAAGUUAGGAAUUAGAAAAAAUAAGAACAAACACAUAAUAAAAACAAAAUUAUUAAAUUCAAUUUAUGUAAAGUGAUGAUUAUAUAAGAUAAAGACGGUAUGAAAAAUAAUAGCGCCAAGUAAAUAAUAUUUAUAAUAGGAUGAAACAUUUUAUGUCUGCUAAUAUGCUGUCGUAUUGUAGAUAUUUUAAAUAUUAUUUAGGUACGUAUGCUAUUAAUUAUAAAGAAAUCAAUUAAAUACCUACUUCAAAUAUAUGUAAUAGUAAUACCUGCAACACAGAUGGUAUUUGAUAAGCUAUUGUAAGUAAAACUAUGUAAUUAAAAUUUUGAAUGUUGUGGUACUAAUUAUUAUUUUCUAAACAUUAUAGUGCAUUAUACAGUAAUAAAUAAAUGGAAUCUUGUCGCUA